AUGAGAGCGGGUGAAACGAUGGAAAAUUCACUACGUGCAGUGGUCAAGGACUGUAAGAUGGGCAAAAUCUUAAUACAGACGAAUGAUCAAACGAUGGAACCGGAGCUGUAUUACCUACGACUUCCAAAAGAUAUUGAUAAGUACAAGGUCAUGUUAAUGGAUGCUACUGUCGCAACAGGAGCUGCAGCCAUGAUGGCUAUUCGUAUCCUUCUGGAUCAUGAUGUCCCAGAAGAAAAUAUUUAUGUGCUUUCUCUGCUGAUGUCCGAGCCAGGAGUGCAUGCUCUUGCAUAUGCCUUCCCGAAGGUCCGCCUCAUCACAACGGCCGUCGAUCACCAACUUUCGGACAAUUUUUACGUUCUUCCGGGAAUGGGUAAUUUUGGCGAUCGUUACUAUGGCACCUAUGUGAGCGAUCCUGAAGGGGAGGAGCCAUUUUGA